AAAGUUAACUAAACUUAAUAUAAGCUAACGAACCUGUUAUUUUUCGAAAAGCUUGCUCUGUUAAACUACAAUCCUGGCCAAAAGUUGUUGUAAUGGCUGGCGAAUUGUAGUCUUUUUGAACAAAUGCGCUCCCCAUCCCCCACAGUCAAUGUUGAUACACUUAUUUCUACUCAUUUCGAUUGCCGUUACUUUGGUAUUUUCCAGAAAACCAAUUUUGCUGCAAGGGUGGGGGGUUUUGAUAACUUUAUUGGGGUAAAGUUGCAGUUUUAUUGGGUUUCUUCUCAAGUCCACUAACCUUUUGGCCAGGAUUGUAGUUGCAUCAAGACCCCGUUUACACUACAGAAAAAAAGAACGGAACUCUUUGGUUCUGUGCCUGAAAAAGCGAUAAUAGGCCUUGUGUUUACUCUAGGCAUCUUGGAAUCGUGCUAGUUUGAGAAGGCUUCUUUGGUUUCUCUGUCGCUAACAUGCAAAGCACUUGUUUUCUUUAAUGUAAACGGCUAGGAACGGAACGUGAGGGGGGGGGUAACUUUAGUAAGUUAAUUCGAAAUGGUACUUUGAAAUCAUUACUUGCUUCCUUCUUUCCACAGGCAGUGGAAUCUGUGAUUGUUCUGCCACGUGACAAGGAAUUAGAAUGGUGCAUGACAGCAGAAGAGGAACAAAAUGUUAAGUUUAUAACUGCUGGUGAAAAAGGCAUCAUUCGGGCAUGGAGUGUUCGUGAUGGCAAGUGCAUCUUUGCCCCAGAAAGAUCUGCAAAUAAAGCUGUGGACAGUAAUUGUGAAAACCCUGCUCCUUCAUCAACGGUUAUCCAGUGUGUCCUCAAUGAAGCUCUUAAUUGCAUCGUUACUGUUUCCGAUGACCAAAAUAUUGUCCUUUAUGACUUGAAUUCACUGAAAAUCUUAAAACAGUUUGUCGGACACCUGGACGAAGUUCUGGACUUAAAGUUUGUGGGGGAAGACCACUCCCUUCUCUCGAUCGCAUCAAACAGCCCUGAUGUUAAAGUUAUUGACAGAGAAACAAUGGAUUGCCGAAUAUUGAAUGGACACACAGAUACAAUAAUGGCACUAGAUGCAAGUUUCGAUGGCAAAUACAUCGCUUCGUGUUCAAAGGAUAACAGUCUAAGGAUCUGGAGACUGGGCGAUGACAAAACCUUUUCAUGCGUGGCCUUAGGGGUUGGCCAUACGCAUGCAGUUGGAACUAUUGCUUGGCCGAAAAGAAGCACAGAUCAUUUAGUAACUGGAAGUCAAGAUCUAACUCUGAAGUGCUGGAAAGUCCCACAAAUAUUCGAGGAUAAUGGUUUAUCAAAAAUUCAAGCUGUAUGGACUGUGAAAGCCCAUGAUAAGGACAUCAACUCUGUUGUGUUUUCUCCAAAUGACAAACUCAUCGCUUCGGGGUCUCAAGAUAAAACAGCAAAGUUAUGGCUUGCAUCCGACGGAGGCACGUACGGGACGCUGCGUGGUCACAAACGAGGAGUUUGGUGCGCAGCGUUUUCUCCAGUCGAUAAAUGCCUAGCAACAGCAUCAGCUGACUCGACAAUAAAGCUAUGGGCAAUUAAAGAUUUGACUUGUGUGAAGACACUGGAAGGUCAUACCAAUUCGGUGCUGAGGCUUGAAUUCAUGACACGUGGGAUGCAGAUAAUAUCAAGUGGAUCGGACGGCCUAAUCAAAAUAUGGAAUGUGAAAACCAACGAAUGCCUAAAUACUCUGGAUGGGCAUGCAGAUAAAGUUUGGUCGUUGGCUUUGAACAAGACUGAAGACACUCUUGUUACAGGAGGAGGAGAUUCUGUGUUGAACAUUUGGAAGGAUGUUACGGAAGAAGAAAGAUUAGAAGAAGAGGCAAAGCAAGAGAAUAUGAUUCUGAAGGACCAAGAAUUAUCAAAUUUGCUUGGCAAGAAGAAAUUUACGAAAGCCAUCGGCCUUGCGCUGUCACUUGAAAGACCGUUUACAGUGUUGUCAAUUUUAAAAGAAUUACUAGCUGAUGCCAAUGGAGAGGAGAGGCUAGCCUUAGUCUUGAGUGGGCUGCGAGACGAUCAAAUAGAUUUGGUUCUCAAGUAUAUGCGAGACUGGAACACAAAUGCCAAAAACUGCCACGCUACCCAAUCAGCACUGUCCAUUAUCCUGAAGUUUAAAUCACCAGAUGAACUGACUGAGUUGCCAGAUAUGAAGGACAACAUCGAAGCAAUUCUUCCAUACACGGAACGGCAUUUCAAUCGGCUGAAUCGCCUUUUACAGCAAUCGGCAUUUCUCGAAUACACAUGGGAAUCCAUGCGACUUUCUGUCAAGGAUGUCGACAAUAAAGCAUCUAAGCAGUUGGAAAUCGAUGAAGAAAUGAAUGCUGAAAACAAGAGCCAUAAAUCCGUUGGCCAAGCUUCUAACCAGCAAACAGAACAUCUCAGUGAUCUCAUCGCUAUGGAUACAUGGGAUCAGCACCAAAGUGAGGCUGCAGAUGGAACGGAGGAGACGAUUCAUGAAUCUAAAACCCAAAAUAGUGAGCCCUGCGAAGGAGAUUCUUUGUUAGAAACAGAACCAAGUCAAGAAGAGAACAAGGAGAACCACAAAACUACGAUAGUUAGAGAUGAGAGUUUGAUUGAAAAAUCCCCUGGCCCAGGGAAGAAGAGAAGGACUUCAGAAAAAGGAAAACUUUUAAAAACUGGCAUCGCAAAGAAAGUAAAAACGAUAAAGGAUAAACCCCUUUGAUGUAUUCAUACUGAAGUUGGUUUUUAGGAGUAAAAUUCUUUUAGAAGAAAGACAUCUACUUUA